AAACGCAGCGCCAUUGUUGUUAUUUUUUGGCGCCCUCCAUGUGGCGACUCUGGCGCCGUACAGCAGACAAGGCAAAACGGUGGACAGGCUGGUGUUUCUGGGUCUGCUGAGCCGGGUUGGGGAAUAAUAACCCGAGCGAAUCGCACCGCUACGUCGAAAUGGCCUUCGCCGUUCCAACCGGUACGGACACGGCCCCGCAGAAAGACCCGCCAGACCUGGAUGUCGACGAGAAACAAGAACUCGAGACAGCAACUGUGACACCCAUAAGGAACCACCCAGAAACAGCAAUGAGGGCUGUGCAGUGCCUCAAACGCAGACAGUCUGUUCAGGAUGGCAGUUCUCUGAAGCGUGCAGCACAGAGCCCCAUCCUCAAUCGAGCUCCCCAGGAAGCUCAAUUCAACAAGCUUAGACGUCUUCUUAGGCGCCUGAUCAGCGCUCGUCCGCCUGAGCGGCGCUUCAGGUCUACCAAUGACCCGGAGGACCUGGCGUUUAUGCCUGUGUUCUGGGUGAGCAAGUGGGUGGACUAUACGGACAAGUAUGGUCUAGGCUACCAGUUGAGCGACAACAGCAUCGGAGUUGUCUUCAACGAUACCACGCGAAUAAUUCAGUUCAACGACAACGAGAGCGUGGCAUACGUCGACGAGGACUGCAUUGAGCACUACCACUCCCUGGAGGAGUACCCGCCAUCGCUGGAGAAAAAAAUUAUCCUGCUGAAACACUUCUGCAUCUACAUGAAGAAGCUUUGCACAACGGGCGAGGAUGUGAGCUCCAAAGUGUGUGCUGACAAUGCCGGGCGCGCGUGCGUACAGAAGUGGCUGCGGACAUCGUCGGCAAUGUCAUUCUACCUGACCAAUGGAACAGUUCAAAUCAAUUUUUUCAAGGACCACACAAAGCUCAUCUUGUGCCCGCUGAGGUGGGCAGUGACUUACAUAGACAAGAGGCGGUUCUUCCACACAUACCGGCUGGAGAUGUUGCGCUACGGCUGCCCAUCUCCGCUGUUCUGUCGUCUCAAGUAUGCACAGACCAUCUUAGACCGGAUGACCACCAUGUCGUGCUAGUCUGAUCAUCCUCCCAGUUUCCCCCCCAUACCCCUUUUCAUAUCAUAAGUUAAAAAUUUUCCGUGGGUGAAUAUAAACUUCUGCGAUUCUGCUGAAGUGUGAUUCUGCUAAAGAUUCCGAACUUGGCUGCUGCACACUGUGGCUUUAUUAGUGAUGCACAAGCGGCCAUUUUGAAUGUUUUAGUGAUGCAGAAGCAGUCAGUUUGCAACUUUUGGCUGUCAACAUCAUCGCAACUACCCACACUGCUGUGUAAAGUCUCCAAAAUUAGGACUGUAGCCUGGUGUCAUGCUAGUGUUUACGUUAUUGCGUACACUAUGGGAAAAUUGACUUUAUUAUCAGAAUAAACUAUGUUAUCAGUAUUUGCAGAGUUUCAAAGUUGCUCCCAGCAGUCUCUGUGUGCAGGAAACUUGUAUGGCAGAGUAAGCACACCUUCAAAAAACAGUAUCACUACACCUUUAACUCAAUGCUAAGUGUAGCUUAUGCUUCAUAUGGACAGCCUAAACUGUAAGCAUUGUCAAAUGUAUGAGACAUAAGAACAUCUCUUCUGUGGCUAACCUCUCUUCGUGCAUAACCAGAACACAUGUGCCUUUAGGAGUGCAAGCAUCAGCUGAAAGCUGUGUUUUUCUCCUGCUCCAUUCAAACAGACAUGUGUAGCAAAAGUGGCCUCACAGCAAUAUCAGACCUAAUUAUAUUGAGGCAUCGAUGCACUACAUUAUUUACAAAUAGAACAAAUUGUUUCAUGUGAAAAUAAUGUUUUGCGUUGCUUCCUGUUAACUUUCGGCAAUGAUUACAUGGGGCAGUCGGGGAGAUGCCUGAACAAUAGGCUAAGGGCAUGUAAGAAGUUGGGCCAAUAUUAAGAUGGGCACGUUAAGAUGGGCAAUAUUAAGAUGCAUGUCUAUGCAUUGUAAUGAUUGUGUAUGUAAAGCGUUGUUCAAAGAGUGCGCCAUUUUAUGUAAUGAUGCUGAAAAGACAGGUUUUCAAAUGUGAAGACUGGACCUUUUGUGUACAGUUCUAUAUAUACUGUUACUUUUGAAAAUAAACAGUCCAUUGAAAGUUGGCA